GCGUGUUUUCUGAAUACGGGCCAGAUGUUAUAAGCUGAAUUAAAAAUGCAUUUAGCAAUGGGCAUUCGGCAACACGGGGGACUUAUGCAGAAUUGUAUCUCCUGUCUCAUGGCAGUUUAAAUGUGAUUCAUGACAGCAGACCACCAUGGCUCUUAACAUCCCCGGAGUGGUUGCGGUGGUGCUGUUCUACAUCCUGAUCCUGGGCACGGGAGUUUGGGCGGCCCGGAAGACCAGAAGAAUCGAGAGGAAGAGCAGUGGAGACAGGACUGAGGUGGUGCUGCUUGGAGACAGGAAUAUCAGCCUGGUGGUUGGAAUAUUCACCAUGACAGCCACGUGGGUUGGAGGAGGUUUUAUCCUGGGUGUUGCUGAAGCUGUGUACACUCCCAAAAUGGGCUUGAUGUGGGCCCUGAUGCCGAUACAAUACUCAGUUUCCUUCGUCAUAGGUGGUCUUUUCUUUGCCAAGCCAAUGAGGGAAAAGAAAUAUGUCACCAUGAUGGACCCUUUCCAGGAAAAGUACGGCAGAGUGCUGAGCGGGGCUCUCGUGCUGCCAUGUUUGUUGGUGGAUGUUCUCUGGGUAUCCUGCACCCUGUUAGGACUGGGAGUGACUAUGAGCGUGAUACUGGACUUACGCUUUGGCUACUCUGUGUGGAUCUCAGCGGCGGUGGCUAUCGUCUACACUCUGUUGGGAGGUCUUUAUUCAGUGGCCUACACUGACGUCAUCCAGCUCGCCCUCACAUUCCUCAGUUUGUGGCUGUGCGUUCCCUUUCUUCUGCUGAACAAAACAUCUGUUAACAUUGCUGAGACGGCUUUCAACCAGACGUUUCAAGAGCCAUGGCUUGGAAGUCUGGGUAAAGAUACAGUCUGGAAGUGGAUCGAUGACUGGUUGAUGCUGGGACUUGGUAGUCUUUCAUUCCAAAGCUUCCACCAGAGGACGCUGUCGGCAUCUUCAUCACACACAGCCCAGUUAACCUGCUUUGCAGCAGCAUUCCUGAUUGCCAUUCUAGGAAUCCCUCCUGCUCUGGUGGGGGCUGUGGCUGCCUCCACAGACUGGAACUUGACUCAGUACGGCUCUCCACCUCCUUACCUCCGCGGGGAGCACAGUUUUGUUCUGCCUCUCACGCUGCAGUACCUCACCCCGUCCUACAUAUCCAUCAUUGGAAUUGGAGCCGUGGCCGCCGCCGUCAUGUCUUCCACAGACUCGGGUCUGUUAUCUGCAACUUCAGUUUUCUCCGCAAACAUCUACAAAAACAUCUUCCGUACACAGGCCUCAGACAAUGAAAUGCAGUGGGUGAUUCGGGCGUCAGUGGUAGCUGUGGGUCUUGUUGGAACAUCGAUAACGUUCUACACCAACAGUACCCUGGUCCUCUGGAUUCUUGGAGCAGACGUUUCCUAUACCCUCUUGUUCCCCCAUUUGGUUUCUGUCCUUUUCUGCAGAGUGACCAAUGGUUAUGGCGCCACCAUGGGUUACAUUGUGGGGGUGACUGUGAGGAUUUUGUUGGGAGAAAACACUUUGGGCAUUCCUGUUGUCCUUCACCUUCCAGGUUGCACUCUUGAAAAUGGCAUCUAUGUCCAGAAGUCUCCUGUUAGGACAGUGUCCAUGCUGUGCACCUUGGUAACCAUAUUGAUUUUUUCUUGGUUGGCCGUGGUCAUGUUCAACCGCGGCUUGCUGCCUGAAAAAUGGGACGUUUUCAAAGUUAGACGUGUAGUUACUGAACCACCAGAGGACGGUGUUGCGCAAAAUCUGAAAGACGAAUCAGGAAAUGAUGACGAAAGUGAUGAGAACAACCAUGGAGUGGCUUUGCAGCCAUUGUCGCAAACUGAAAUGUAAAUGUUGUUCGUUGUGUAUGUGAAGUUAUGUUCAUAGUUUUCACCUAUUGUGAACUGAAACUGAAAAAGAGUACAGUAAGGCUCUCUGUUUUAGCUACUUUCCAAUUUAUUUUGCAAUAGCAUUCAUUUAAAAUGUUUGCUCUCUAAGCAUUUUAGAGAGCAAAAUGUUUAGAGAACGUUUUGCUCUCUAAGCCCGGAACGAACAGUUUGUGUUUAUAAUGCUGUGUUCCUCAGAAAUCUUCUGUUUCUGCUUUUCUGCCAUUCUUAAACAUUUUGGAUAAUUAUGUAGUUUUUCAUAUAAGACAAAGAUAUUCUGAGAGAAUGGAAAAAGCAGCUUUCAUAUGAUUUCAUUUGUGAGUCAGAACAGCUAUUGAAACCAAUCUCUUUGUGAGAAAGAGCUUGGUUUAAACCUAAUAACUAUUUGUGCCGUCCUUGAGCGUGAUAACUGGAGUUCAUUACAUGUCAGUGGAGGAAUUUGGCCCACCGUUUUCUGUCCACUUGUUUCAGUUUAGCCACAUCGGAUGUUUUUUGAGCAUGACAGCCUGCAUGCCACAUCAUGUUGAAGACGAUUUAUGUCCAGGCUUUAAUUAUGCCACUCCAAAACAGUUACUCUGGGUGGUUUGACUCAUUCAGACGCGGAUUUGAUGGAUUUAAUGUUUGCGUCGUUGGCCUUCUGUAUGACCAAGUGCGCUUGAGCUUAAUGCCACAAACUGAAAGUGUUCAGAAUCUUCUGCUUGAGAAACGAAUUCAUUGUCCCAACAAUUGAAGCGAGUUAUCCAGAUCCCGAAGAACCAAAGCUGCCUCAGACCAUCACACUACCACCACCGUGUUUGACUGUUAUGAUGUUCACUUGACAAAAUGCUGUUAGUUUUACACCAGAUGUAACAUAGCUGACCAUAUUUUUCUGGUCGCAAGAAUCAUGUGAAAUGUGAGAUGACCCUUAGUGUUUUUUCUUUUAGAUAAUAUUUUAACCAUGUUGAAUCAGCGGCUGGAACAAUAUUCGAUGUGCUCAAUGAAAAAGUUUUUUUUUUGUUUGUUUUACUCAGGAUAGCUUAGCCCGAUGUUUCAUUUUGUUUGAUAUUUGUAAACAUUUAUGUUUGGCAAAACAAAACAGAAGAAAUCCAUAAGAGGCAAAUACACUUGUACACAACUCCAAUCAAUUUAAUCUAGUGAAGUGGAAAUACUACUUUUUCAUUUAAUUUAUAGGAGUCGUUAGCAGUGUCAAUAAUUGUAGCAGCAUUGAUUUCUUUACAUGUAACUUCUCACCCUGUUAAAUAAGUGCUCAAACUAAGGUCCUGCAAUGAAAGAUGAACUUCCUUUUAAGGUUUUUACGCGUCUUCCCCAGGAGUCGUAAUCAAUGUGGAAGGGGUUGUUUAUGUUAACUAAAUAUACAAUGCAACAAAACUCCUUU